AUGAAGAAGCUGGAGGGGUUCCGCAAGAUCGGGCAACUGAAGCACGUGAUACGAAAGUGGCGAUCGCUCACCCUUGGAUGCGGAUCCGUCGACGACGGUGGCUCCACGCCCCCGCCUGGGUCUCUUCCCGUCUACGUUGGGCCUGAUCAACAGCGCUUCGUGAUCCCUAUCCGGGCCCUCAAAUUCCCUGCCGUAUACGGUUUACUCCGCCUCAAGGAGGAGCAAUACGCCUUCCCUGUCCGCGACGUAGGCUGCCUCGUCUUCCCCUGCGACCCGGACUUCUUCGGAUUCGUCCUUGACACCCUCAAUCGCGACGAGGCACGCUACGGUAAUAUGUCCCUAGACGCCUUCGUUGCCCUCUUCUCCGAUCUCAACAACUCCGAAGCCGCCAACGACUCUCCGUGCCGCUACUCCUCCUCCUGCAACACCUUCUCCCGUCUCCUCACCAGAACCACCAGUGCUUGUUCAACGUCAGCACCAAUCUCUCCCCGGAACAUAUGA